AUGGGGAAGGGUAAGAACAAGGAGAGUAGCACGAGACCCAGAUCUCAGAAAGGUUCUAACGGACACAGUUCCCGUCUGAAUCAUAAACGGAUGGAGAUGAAGCAUGUAGAUUCCACUACAAGCAAGUUUCCUGUGAAGCUCGCAAUGUGGGAUUUUGACCACUGUGAUCCCAAGAGAUGCAGUGGUAAGAAAUUAGAGAGACUUGGUCUUAUAAAAUCGUUGCGAGUUGGUCAAAAGUUCCAAGGUGUUGUCGUUUCACCGAAUGGUAAGACAGUUGUUUGUCCUGACGAUAAGGCUCUUGUGGAGGAGAACGGUGCUUCUGUCGUAGAAUGUUCAUGGGCAAGAUUAGAUGAGGUACCGUUCAACAAGAUUGGAGGGAAAAACGAGAGACUCUUGCCGUAUUUAGUUGCUGCGAACCAGGUUAACUACGGUAGACCGUGGAGAUUAAACUGUGUUGAAGCCCUGGCUGCAUGUUUUGCGAUUGUUGGGAGAACAGACUUAGCAGCAGAUUUGCUCUCGAACUUCUCAUGGGGUCCAGCAUUUCUAGAGCUAAAUAAAGAGCUACUUGAUAUCUAUCAACAAUGUACGGACCAUGAUUCCGUAAAGGCAGCUGAAGAGAAAUGGCUACAAAAGAUUGAACAGGAGGCUAUAGAGCGGAAGCAGCAGGCUAAGACAGAAGAUAUCUGGAUGAUUGGUAACGUAAAUAGAGCUUCCAGAGAUUUACCGGGGUCCAGUGGAGAAGAAGAAGAAGAAGACUAUUUAAAUGGAGAUUCAUUGAUAGAUGUUCGAGACAUCAAGUAUGAUUCAUUAGGUAAUGUGAUCUCGUAUAACGACGAAGAGGAAGACGAAGAGGGCGAAGGGGAAGUCUCAGAACAUGAACUGGCCAACGAAGAUAUUGGUAUCUCUUGUGAGCUUUCCUCGUUAUCACUUCAAGAUACUGUAUAA